CAGUCAUUUAAAAACCAACAAAUCUGCAAAAAAAAAACGCAGAAAUUUACAAUCUAGCGCACAUUUCCUGCUUUCGCUUAAUUUCACUCAUAAAAGCCAACGUCCCGUGUUUGCAGUACGUGUGUGCGUGUGCAUAUGUGUAUAUCGGGCUAUGGUCAUGAAGUGACUCUAAUAAUUGCAACAAACAACACAAAAGGCGCUUACAAACAGACAUACAAACAUUUCUUAGUAUGUAAUAUUCUGUUUCCUUUGUAAAAUUCUGAAAUUAAACAUUUUUUUUAUGCAACACCAAUUUGACCCUGUUUUACAACAUUUAAACUUUUAUCUCUCUCGGCGUAUUUUACACCGCAUAAAAAUAUUUUACCCAAAAUUAAUUACAUUGCUGUAUUGCUCGCUUGGUCAUGUUGAUUGAACCGGGUAUAAAUCAUAAGUUUGGAACAUUGGCCGCCGCAAAUACGAGCAUACCAGCGCAUUGGAAAAUGGAACCACCAAGAAUACCAGCAUUAGCGGGUACGGGUGGUGCGCCCACCAUACCGCCACCGUGUAAUAUUGGCCUACCCCCCUCUGUACAAAUACCGGGCGCUGCAAUCUUUGGCUCUGGCGGCUCGCCCUCACCAAGCACAUUGAACGCGCUGAUGUCCCAGCAACGUUUAUUGGAAUUAUCCCGCUUCGGCGGCUUGCGCGGCUAUGACAUCGCUCAGCAUAUGUUGUCGCAACAGGGUGCAGUCUCGAAACUAUUGGGCUCAUUGCGUCCACCUGGUCUAAUUGGUGGCUCCAAGCCAAAAGUCGCUACACCAACUGUGGUCUCAAAGAUCGAACAAUAUAAGCGCGAGAAUCCAACAAUAUUCGCAUGGGAAAUACGUGAACGGCUGAUAUCGGAAGCUGUUUGCACCAACACCACAGCACCAUCGGUCUCUUCCAUUAACCGCAUAUUGCGCAAUCGUGCCGCUGAACGUGUGGCCAGCGAAUUCGCGCGUACCGCUGCCUACAGCCUGUAUCCGCCACAUCCGUAUGGCGGCUUUACUUGGCACCCCUCAGCAGCGGCAGCAGCAGCAGCAGCAAAUGCACCAGCGGCAGCACAUUUCUGGCCAACACAAGCGGCCGGGCCGACGCUCACUACACUGCCACAUUCGGGUGGUGGUGGUGGUAGUAGUGGGGGCAGUGGCGGUUUGGGUGGUACUUUGGCUGGUAGCGCUGCCACUGGUGGACUGCUGACAACAAAUAAUCGUGCAAUCUCGCCUGGUUCGGGCAGUCGUGAUACUCUGGAAUCGCCCGAUGAUAGUCGGCAUGUGGAUUCGGAUUAUUUGGAUGAUGACGAUGAGCCGAAGUUUCGGCGCAAUCGCACCACAUUCAGUCCAGAGCAAUUGGAAGAGCUGGAGAAGGAGUUCGAUAAGAGUCAUUAUCCUUGUGUUAGUACACGCGAACGUUUGUCGAGUCGUACGUCGUUGAGUGAGGCGCGUGUGCAAGUUUGGUUUUCCAACAGAAGAGCCAAGUGGCGCCGACAUCAGCGCAUGAAUCUCUUGAAGCAGCGCUCCAGCCCCUCCGGUCAUCCACACAUUCCGCAUUCACAGCCGUCGCCCGAAAGCAGCAGCAACAACAACAACAACAACACCAACUACAGCAGCAACAACAACAGCAGCCUCAGCCACAGUCACGGGUCAGCGAUGGGCGUAGCCGCUUCACCGACCUCCAGUUGUCACAGCAACAGCAACACCUCUACCUGUGCGACCGCGGACCAACUACAGUCGCACCAGCACCAGCACCAGCACCACCACCACCAACAUCAUCACUACACCACACAUGGCGGUCAGGUGUCGUCGGCGACGUCGGCAAGUGCACAAGGGAGCGACUUAGAGCUGCGUGCGCACGGACACCAUAUGACACAUCACGCCGCACCGUCCCACCCAGCGAGCACUACCACGGCGACAAUGUUGCUGAAUCACUACAGUCAGCAACAACAACAACAGCAGCAUCACCAACAACAGCAACAAUUUGCUGCCAAAGCCCAUUAUGCGGCGGCGGCGGCGGCUGCAGCUGCGGCACAAUCCCAACAUCCAGCAGCAGAGUUGAGCGCGGAGACAGCACCGCAGCAACACUUGGCAGCAACGCUGGCGGCAACUUUAGCGAGCACACAUCAGCAGCAGCAGCAGCAGCAGCAGCAACAACAACAGCCACUCAGCACAUCGCCCACAGCAUCAGCGCCAUUAUCAAUGGGCGGUGAGCAUAGCGCUUUCCGUUCGCUGGUGGGCUCGCCCUCCGCGGCGGCUUUUGCGCAUUUGGUGCGACAAUAUGCGGUUGCGGCGACGUUGUCAGCGAAUGUCGCCAGCAUGGGAGAUGAGCUCAAACACCAGCAGCAGCAACAGCAGCAACACCACUCGCAUCAACAGCAGCAGCAGAUACAACAACAACAGCUGGUGACUGUCGAUGAUUCGUCCGAGGACUCGGAGGAGGAGAUCAAUGUGCAUGACGACUCGGAGGAUGAGUUGGAAGUGGUGCAACGUACAUCGCGUGGCGACCAGAACAAUAGCUACAACAAUAACAAUAAUAAUAACAAUAGCAACAAACAUAAUGACGGUGCAAAUACUAACAACAACAAUCAAGCUACCGAAAUGUCGGCAGUGAGCAAUAAGGCGCCACUACAGCUUACCAAGCAUGACCGCUGAGCCCGAGCGCUUUUCGCGACCGAGCGACAGGCGUUUGGUGUUUGUGGUUUGUGCUAAGCGAACCACGCGCGCGCCAUUCUAAUCGCGUGAAGCAGUUGUUACGCGCACGGAUUGCAUUACAAAUAAAUUUGACAAACCUGACUCGGAGGCGCGCUUGUGAUUGACAUAUUGACUCGUAUGUACGUACGUAUGUAUGUACAUAUGUGAGUGGCGUCGUUGGUCUGAGUGCAGUGCAUGUAAUGCAAGAAGUGUGGCGCUGCGAGUGAAGGUAAGCAUCGUUUUGUUUAUUUCUUUGUUGCAAGUCAUCGCGUUGGUCCAUGAACCAGUCGCUUAAUUAUGUAGGAAACCUGACACUUGACGGACGCAAGGAAAUAUAUACUUCGUACUUAGCACUGCAAAUUCAAAAAAAAAAAAUCUAAUAAUAAUCAAAAAAAAAAA